AUGGCAAGGGAAAGCCAUGAGAAGAUGCAAAAGUCCAUGGACAAGAUGGUGAGCAAGAUCAAGAGUUUGGAGAAGAAGGUUUCUGGUUCUUCAAGCAAGAAGAAGUCCAAGGCCCCACUUUCCCUAGGAGUAGAUCACUCCUCACCACCCAAGGAGGCUCCCUGCCCAAGAGCCUCACAGAGCCUCUUCUUUCGAGCCAAGGGAAGGAGAGACAACACGCAGAGAAGGAGGAAGAGUUCCAAGGCCAGACGCUCCAGCUCGACCACCGGACUCGAUCGAGUCCAAACAGAGGAAACUCAACUCGAUCGAGCUGACGGUCGAGUUGACCUGGAGGAGCCCAGUUUGAGAACCCUGGGAUUCGAGUACGAUCAACCCAGUACCAGGACUUCUCUCAGAGCUGGACCCCUACAACCGCUUCGAGCGAGCACAGCUCCACCAAGGCCAAGGAAGCCACACCACUUUGAAGAUGAAGAAGAAGAGGAGAGGAGCCACAAGCUCGAUCGAGUGAGCCGAACCCAGUUGAGUGGAGUGCUCCUGAUGGCCGUCUACCAUCUCCAGACCACGACCUAG